UCAGCCAUGCUUCGUCAGCCCAAGAGAACGAUAACCGUACCUGCGUGCAUACGCCAGUAUCGCGUUCUCCUGAAGAUUGGCAACGGCACCUUCGGCGACGUCCUACUGGCCGAGCACAUGGGGAGUGGGGAGCGCGUGGCCCUCAAGCUGGAAGAGAAUACUAUGAUUCGGCCGCAACUGCUGUUCGAGUACAAUCUUUACAAGGUGCUGAUGCCGGCCCCUGGGGUGCCGCGCGUCCACAACUUCUUUCAGGAGAGCAAGUAUAAUGUGAUGGUCAUGGAGCUGCUGGGGCCGUCGCUGGAGGAUUUGUUCAACUUCUGCUCGCGUCGCUUCACACUGAAGACGGUGCUGAUGCUGGCGCUGCAGAUGAUCGAGCGCAUCGAGCAUGUGCAUAUGAAGAGCUUUCUGCAUCGCGACAUUAAGCCCGAUAACUUUACCAUCGGCACCGACAGCAAUGUCGUGCAUCUCAUUGACUUUGGCCUGGCGAAGCGAUUCUACGAUGCUGAGCUGCACGAGCACAUACCCUUCAAGUGGGGCAACCGAAUGACGGGCACGGCUCGCUAUGCCUCCAUUAAUGCGCUCCUGGGUUUCGAGCUCGGCCGUCGCGACGACUUGGAGUCCUUGGGCUAUGUGCUGAUGUACUUUCUGCGCGGCAGUCUACCCUGGCAGGGAUUGUCGGGGCCGCGCCAUCAGAAGUACGAGAUGCUGGCCGAGCGGAAGCAGUCCACCAAGCCAGAGGAUCUGUGCAAGGGCUACCCCGAUGAGUUCGCCGCGUACCUGAUCUAUUGCCGCAAUGUUCGAUUCGAGACGCAGCCCAACUAUCUGGGCUUGCGCCGCAGCUUUAGUGAUCUCAUCGCUCGCCUCAGAUAUGUUCAUGAUGACGGCUAUGACUGGUGCAGCCUGAAGGGUUACGCCCAUAUUAAGGUUCCUGCCAUCGAGAGCGCUGACAUCAACAAUAAAAAGAAGAAGAAGAAGCAGAAUAAGAAGAAGUAAAGCAUAGAUUGCAGACCAAUUGUCUGAAAUAAAAUCCUUUCAAUAUAUUGCUGCAAUUUCUAUGCACACCCAGGAGACUUGUAAUAAAUAAGGAAUUUUCCUGUGUCCAGCAAUCUCUGAUUGCGAAUCCAUUUUGCAGCGUGUCAACUGUCCGAGCUGCCAAUUCGAAAUACACAAUUGCAACUUU